UUUUAAAUGUGACAAGGAACUUAUAGUUUUAUUAUCAAAAUGGAUAAUUUGGACGUCAAAGUGUUUGAAAACAAGCCCCCCAUUGUGUUCGGUUCUGAUAUGUGUCGGGCUUGUCUCACAGACAAGAAUUUACAAUCGUUAUUCCUUGAUCAGGAUUUUGCACAAACUGAAAACAUUGUUUUAAAAAUGUUUACAUCCUGCACGUCCCUUGAAGCAUCUUGGAACGACCAGUACCCCAAACAUAUUUGUGAUAAUUGUCUAAAUGAUUUAAGAAAGUGUUACGAGUUUUGGCAGAAAUGUCGAAAUUCUGUGGAUGAAAUUAACAGGUUGAAAGAAACUAUUGAUUCAAUGGACAUUAAGGAAGAGAUUGAUGCAUUUACGGAUCAUUUAGAUGUUAUUUUAAACGAUAAUGAUAGUAGUGAUGAAAAGCCUUUGCAAACGUUGAAGUUAAAAGUUCCAAAACAACCUAAGGUGAAGAAAAAAGUGUUGAGGACUGCUCGAAGACAAGACACUUUGGACCGGAUAAAAAAAAUAAUCAAGGACCAAAGCGAUGAUUCUGCAAACGAGGAAAACAAUAAACCCAACAUGCAAUGUUCUAAAUGCAAAACAAAAUUUGAAUCCGGUGAGCAAUAUGUUAACCACGUUUGUAAAUAUGCUGACAAGCACCCUUGCAAAUAUUGUUACGAGAUUUUCGACACUAAUGAUGCUAAAUAUAAACAUUUAAGACUCUACCACGGUUCUGAGUUACCACAUUCUUGUGACGUGUGCUCAAAGAGGUACAAAACAGCUUUAGGUUUGGAAGUGCAUAAAAGAAUACACACGGGGGAACGUCCAUUUGCUUGCAACAUCUGUGAAGCAGCCUUCAAAUCCCGAGGGGAACUAGAAACACAUUCUUACAAACAUACAACGGAAUUCAAAUAUCAAUGCACGCAAUGUGGUAAAGGCUUUAACAGACCUUACAACUUGCGACAGCAUAUGAAGUUACAUUUUGGGGUUUCUAUUGACAAGUCUUAUUUGUGCCAAGAAUGUGGUAGGAUUUUUAAAACCUUAAAAAACCUACAAGUACACGAAGCUAUACAUUCUACAUUACGUCCUUUUGAAUGUGCAAAGUGCCACAAACACUUCAAAUCUAAAUCUUACCUCCAAACGCACAUGCGUGUGCAUGUGGAAGAAAAAAAGUACGCCUGCAACCAUUGUGACCAAAAAUUUACAACCUGGCACUCGAAAAGCAGUCACAUCAAAAUACAUCACACAACAGAAAAACCAUUUGUGUGCAAAAUUUGUUCAAAGUCUUUUAAAUUCUCAGGAAAGCUCAUUGUGCACGAAAGACAGCACAGCGGUGAGAAGCCUUAUCCUUGUACAGAAUGCCCCAUGGCUUUCGUUUGUUCGAGCAGUUUGAAGAUGCACAUGUUGAAACAUACGGGGGAGAGGAAGCAUCCUUGUCCGGUUUGUGAUAAGACUUUCCCGAGGGCUCAGCAUGUUAAGCAGCAUAUGGUUACUCAUACGGGGGAGAGAAAACAUAAGUGUAAGAUUUGCGGGAAGGGAUUCACACAGGCACAUGUUUUGAGGACUCAUUUGAGGACACAUGAGGAGAUUGUGAUUAAGGAUAGUGUUAAUUUGCCACCAAAUGAAUAGGCACAGGACUAGGAAAUUGUGUUUAACUCUUGCUGCUCGGCACUGAGUCUUAUCUCUGCAUAGGAGGGAAGAAGCAUUCUUGUCCGGUUUGUGAUAAGACUUUCCCGAGGGCUCAGCAUGUUAAGCAGCAUAGGUAACACAUACGGGGGAGAGGAAACAUAAGUGUAAGAUUUGCGGGAAGGGUUUCACACAGGCACAUGUUUUGAGGACUCAUUUGAGGACCCACGAGGAGAUUGUGAUUAAAGAUAGUGUUAAUUUGCAACCAAAUGAAUAGACAAUAGACUGGGAAAUGGUAUUAUCCUUGUCCGGUUUGUGAUAAGACUUUCCCGAGGGCCCAGCAUGUUAAGCAGCAUAUGGUAAUGCAUACGGGGGAGAGGAAACAUAAGUGUAAGAUUUGUGGAAAGGGAUUCACACAGGCACAUGUUUUGAGGACUCAUUUGAGGACACAUGAGGAGAUUGUGAUUAAGGAUAGUGUUAAUUUGCAAUC